GCAGCCAGCUUAUUUUGGCUUCUUCAGAGCAGUCGGCUAUGAGGGGAGAAGCAGCUUCACUUCACAUGUCUCUACCAAGCAAACAGCACACGAUUUUUUUAAUGAUGCCAAAGAGGCAUUUUUAAGCAAUAAGUAUAACUAAAUUAACUCACUUUUUGCGGCAGUUUUUCUUUUUCAGAAAACAGUUUUUUUAAAACGUUUCCAGGGAGAAGAGGAUUUAUUUGGGAUGGAAGGACAAGGCAGACUGAUAGGGGGUCUGGCUCUGGUGCUGGUGGGGAUCCUGGGAGUGGGUCUGACGACGGGACUGCCCAUGUGGCGAGAAUCAUCUUUUGUGGGUCCAAAUAUUGUGUCAGCACAAACGAUCUGGGACGGCCUGUGGCUGGCCUGUGUGGUCCAGUCCACGGGCCAGAUGCAGUGUAAGAAACCGUCGGGCAUCACCUACACCACCGACCUGCAGGCGGGGCGGGCCCUCACGCUGCUGUCCAUUAUCCUGGGCCUCAUCGGCUUCAUCAUCGCCAUCAUGGGAGGGGGCGUGGCCAACUGCAGCAGCGCUCCACCCGACGACUAUUACACCACCAGUCAGUCCGGCACGCGGUCCUCCCAGAACAAGGCCGCCCUGCUGGGGGGGCUCCUGUGUCUGGUUGCGGGGGUCCUGUGUCUGGUAGCGGUCAUCUGGUCGGCGGCGCUGACCGCCUUUGUGAGCAACGACCCGCUGAUUGUGACCUCCCUGAAGCGGGACGUGGGCACCUCCAUCUACAUCGGCCUGGCCUCGGGGGUCCUGCUGCUGCUGGGCGGGGCCGUGGUCUGCAUGGUGUGCGGGAACAAGCCUAGCGCCCCCCAGCGGGUCUACCUGCGCCCCCCGGUAGAGUACAGCUAUGCCGCCCCCUCCCAGGACAGCCGGUCGUGGCGCAAGAACGGGCCGUACGACCAGCCCCUGGAGACCCGGGACGGCUCCCGGUACCCAGCUUGGAACCCGGGGCCCAGCGCCGCCUCCUUCCCAAGAUAACGGUCCGAACGGGCGCCUCUGGAGCGGGACGCCCCCGGCAUCACCGCCCCCCCCGCCCCGGGCGUAUUACUUCAACACGCCGACUUAAGAAUCCAAAACGAAUGCUUCAUAGAACAACUUCCAUCCAUCCUUUUCUCCUUCAACCUGAACCCCUGGUGGGACUCAGUCUCUGUCCAUCACUGGGACUCAUCCAAUCAACAAUAGGAUUUUGGGGUCUUGUCAGUGGUUGUUUUUAUGUUGUUGUUGUUGUGGUUAACAAUCAUGUGUCUCAUUCACUGAGAAAACUUCUUCCCAAGGGGACAAUAAAUGAUCUAUCUAUCUAUUUAUCACCCCAUUCGCACACGGUCAAUCCCAGAACCUGUGAAGCAUCUUUAAUUUCAGAGGGGGAUCCGUCACCCUCUGCUGUUUAUUAUACUCAAUACACCAAAUCUAGAGAAAGAUUGCACAUCUCUGCUACACCAUUUGCUGUCAUUUCUAUUCCAUUUAAAUAUAGAAUGUAUACUGUACAUGUGUGUGUUAAUUGUGUAGUGGUAUGAGGCACCACUGCUACUUAGACACAGGCUUCUGUUUUACCACGCCCUCUCCGGCUGGUUCGCCAAUCAUUGUUUGUGUCAAGGGGAUAAAAGUAGGUCGUGCCCUUCCUCCUGACCUCUCUCUUCCUGCCUCUUCGGCCCGUCCACUUCUGGGUCGUUGCCCUCGCCGCUCACCUCAGAGCACAGGUAGGCGCACCUUGGCAUGCUGUUUUGCGUACAUUCGUCAGCGUUUUACUAAACUCAAACCGUUACUCUAAUAGAUCUGCCGAGAUCCUCAUCGCGAUCGGGGCAAUAUAUUAGGGGUCGUUUACCGCCGCUGACCAGAGCAUAGGUGAGUCAUGGUGAGCUUUUGGUUGUUAAUUGCCUGUUAGUCUGGUGCUAAGAUCACUUUGCGCUCCUCUCCCUUUAACAGUCUGCUUGUCGCAUGGUGCGUGGUGGCUGUCUCCCCUGCUACGCCGAUCCUCUUCACCCCUCUCCCUCUUUAGAAGGGACGCAAAAUAACCGGACUGAGAACCGGGGUUAUGAACGCUAAACCGAGAGAGCUGAGCAAUCAUGGUUAUUUAAGUCAUUGCUACGUUAUCAUUGCUGCUGCUUCGCUGCCGCUUCCGCCGACUUGGUUCGGGGCUCUGUCUGCUGCCCCUGGUCGGCUUGCCUCCUGCUGUUAACCCUGUGUCCCGCUGCUGCUGUGCGUGGUGCGGUGUGUGCGUGUGUGUUUUUCAGAGUUAAUCUCAUAAGGUGUGGUGUCGUUGUUCAUUUAAUUUCCAUUUGGAAGGGAAGCUUCUCAAUCUGAGCCCUUGUUUAUUUUUGUUUAAAACAUGUUAUGGUUACUUGUUGAGUUUAUAUCUGGUCAGAGACUCUUUAAUUUUCUUGCUUUCUUUAAUUUUGAUAGAUUUCUGGUUACUGCAAAUUAAUACUCUUUAGUUUAUUGAUUGAUUUUUCAUCCGUUGGUUUGUUAUGUGAUAUUGUUUGUGUCAGUUGUGAGUAGGGCUGAACGAUCUAUCGUUUUCGACCGAAAAUCGCGAUCUCAAGCAUUACGAUUUUGGGAUCGUCAAAGCUG